AUGGUUCUAUUAGUAACGGGAAUAACCUUGUCAAUCAAUCCGGAAUUGGACGAAAUCAGAAAUAUUGUUCAAGGCAGACUCGGAAGAAGACUGCAAGUGCAAGUCUUAAAGCUCGCCUUACUGCCCCAACCCCUAGGCGUUCGUUUAACUAACCGUCGUAAUGUAACAUCUGGCUCUCUUCAUCCUCUGCUCUUCCCCAGUUCGGCGUCAUACGACCCCGCCCACGCUACGGACCCAACGCAUCCCGCCGCCCGGUGGAAAACACAUGCCUUCCCGAAUUUCUGCUGCACCACAUUCACGCUGCGCGUUGCGCCAAAGGAUGCACUUCUACGCCUAGAAUUCAAGGGGCGCGUGCUUGUGCAGCGCUCUACCACAGUGUCCCGGGGGAUUUGGAAGGACUGUCCCAGGAUGUGA